GCGCCGACGCCAACCCCUCAUGGCGCCGCCGCUGAGUGCCGCCGCCGACAAUCCGUGGGCCUUGCGCUCGCGGCAGCUGAGCGCCAUCUCUCGCAUGAUCAACCUCGACCGGGAGGAGGCGGACGCCUCCGGGGUCGGAUGGCACGACCCGUGGAAAGUGCUCGUGUACGACUCGUUUUGCCGCGACGUCAUCUCCCCGCUGCUCAAGGUCGGCGACCUGCGCAAGCGCGGCGUGACGCUGCACCUCCUCCUGGACGCGGAGCGGGAGCAGAUCGCGGACGUCCCCGCCGUCUACUUCCUCCGCCCGACCGCCGCAAACGCGCGCCGCGUCGCGGCCGACGUGGCGGGAGGGCUGUACGAGUCGUUCCACCUGAACUUCACGCCCUCCAUCCCGCGACCGCUGCUCGAGGCGCUCGCCGCGGAGACGCUCGAGGCGGAGGUCGUCAGCCACGUCUCUCGCGUCGUCGACCAGUACCUCUCCUUCGUGUCGCUAGAGGAGGACCUCUUCUCGCUGCAGCUGCCUCGCGCCUACCCCGCCCUCCUCUCGCCCAAGUCGACCGAUUCCGAGGUGGAGGCGGCGGUGGACGAGGUUGCCUCGGGCCUCUUCUCUGUCCUCGUGACGCUCGGCGCUGUGCCCGUCCUUCGCUUCUCGCGCCGAGGCCCCGCCCAGGCGGUGGCGGAGAAGCUGGGCGCGAGACUGCACGCGCAGCUGCGGUCGCACACGUCGCUCUUCUCGGGCGCCGCCGCCGCGUCGCUGCAGCGGCCGCUGCUGCUGCUGGUGGACCGAAGCGAGGACGUCGGAGCGAUGCUGCAGCAUGGCUGGUCGUACUCUUCGCUCGCACACGACCUGCUCGGCUUGCGGCUGAACCGUGUCUCGCUCAGCGAGGCGGUGGAUGGCGGCGGGUCGCGUGCCCGCUCGUACGACCUGCACGAGAGCGACGCCUUUUGGACGGAGCACAUGGGGUCGGCGUUCCACGUCGUCGCUUCCGACGUCGACGAGCGGCUGCAGCAGUACCGCAAGGCGAUGGACGAGAUCAGCGCGGGCGGCGCGGCGCCGCUGGAGGCGGAGGCGCUGGGCAAUGCCACCAAGGCGCUGCAGUCGACGAUUGCGCAGCUGCCGGAGCUGCAGGAGAAGAAGCGGUUGCUCGACAUGCACACCAGCCUCGCCACCGAGAUGCUCGGCCAGAUCAAGGCGCGAUCGCUCGACUCGUUCUACGCGCUCGAGGAGACGUUGCUCGAAGGGCGCGCGCUCUCUGCGGACGACCGGCAGACGCUCUCCCAGCUACUCGACCCGACUGGUGGCGGCGCGGAGGCGCAGGGCGGCACUGCCGAGGACCGGCUGAGACUGCUGCUGCUCGUCGCUCUUCGCCGCUCCUUGCAGCCAGGCACCUUCCCGCCCGGCGAGGCUGAGCAGUUCGAGUCGCGUCUGGCGGCGGCAGGCGCCGAUCUGCGGCCGCUGCAAGGGCUGCGCCGCCUCCUCUCGCUUGCUGAGGCCGCGGCGCCGCCGACAGCGACGCCUCCUCCCCCGCCGGCGGCAAACACGUUCGGCGGCCUCAUGUCGCUCGCGCGGCGAGUGGGUGACACCGGCGUGUCGGCGCUAGCCGCCGGGCUAAAGACGAUGCUGCCGUCGAAGCGCGAGACACCGGUGACUCGCGCGGUGGGCGCGCUGAUGGACAACAAGGGUGCGGCGGAGGAGGGGGCGUACGGCUACAUCGACCCAAAGAUCGGCGACACGGACGGCGCCGGCGCCGCAACCGGCCGCGGCCGCGGCCCGUACGGCGCUGCGAUUGUGUUUGUGGUUGGGCCGGGCAACCAUCUCGAGCACAUGACGCUGCGCGAGCGCUCAAAGCAGCCCUCGUCGGCCGGGCCAGCGCGGCGGGUGGUGUACGGAUGCACGGAGCUGCUGAACGCGGAGGCGUUCCUCUCCCUUCUCUCCCCGCUGGCGGCGGCGUGA